AUGUUUGACUAUAUACCCAAUGAUCAAACCAUAGUCACUUAUGUAUUUCCAUAUAUGUGGUUCAUUAGUUCAGCUUUAGUAGUUUUUCUUGAAAUAGUUUUAAAUAUUAAAGCUACUUAUGGACGUUACAAUACAAGUGGAAGUGGAAUUUCAGCACGCUUAGCUUGGUUUAUUCAAGAACUUCCAUCCUUCUUUGUACCAUGUUAUCUUUUAUAUUACCACCAGUCAUCUUUAUCCAUGACUAAAUUUACAAUAAUUGGUCUUUUUCUAAUACAUUAUUUUCAAAGAGUCUUCAUUUAUCCUGUGUUAAUUCGUGGUGGAAAAAAAAGUUCAUAUUCAACAAUAAUAUCUGCAUUCUGUUUUUGUUGUAUAAAUGCUUAUGCGAUUGCUCAAGAGAUUUUAGCAUAUCAUGUUUACCCAAAAGAUUAUUUAUUUUCAUUACAAUUUAUAUCCGGUGCGAUUAUUUUCUUUAUUGGAUUAAUGUUUAAUCUUCAAGCAGAUUCAAUUUUAAGAAAUCUACGCAAAGAUGAUAAACAACGUGAUUAUAAAAUUCCAAGAGGUGGCCUAUUUGAAUAUGUUUCUGGUGCAAAUUUCUUAGCUGAAUCCAUCGAAUGGACAGGCUAUGCUAUUUGUGCAUGGACAUUACCUGCAUUUGCAUUUGCAGUUUUUACAUGGGCUAACAUUGGACUCGGCCGUGCCUUUCAUCAUCAUCAGUUCUAUCUUGACAAAUUCAAAGAUAAAUAUCCAAAAAAUCGAAAAGCUAUUAUCCCAUUUAUUUUAUAA